UUGUUUUCCUUUAUUUUGAAGCAGCGGCUACCUGCACGUGUUUUUUUUGUUACUUAUAUUAAUUGAUUUAGCUGCAGCAACAAAAUGCAGAACGACGAUGUAGUUUGGAGUAUUAUCAACAAAUCGUUUUGCUCUCACAAAGUCAAGACGGACACGCGGACAUUUUGCCGUCAUGAAUACAAUUUGACUGGUCUCUGCACACGCCGCACAUGCCCACUGGCCAACUCGCAGUAUGCCACUGUUCGGGAGGAGAAGGGCAUCAUCUAUUUGUUCAUAAAGACGGCAGAAAGGUCGCACAUGCCCAACAAACUGUGGGAACGCAUCAAAUUGUCGCGUAAUUUUGAAAAGGCAAUCGAACAGAUCAAUGAAAACUUGGUCUUUUGGCCAAAAUACAUGAUAUCCAAGAAUAAGCAGAGAUUCCUCAAGAUCACCCAAUAUCUGAUGCGCAUGAGAAAAUUGAAAUUGCGAAGACAGAAACUCAUUGUGCCCCUGUCCACUAAAAUCGAGCGACGUGAAGCGCGGCGCGAACAAAAGGCACUGAUAGCGGCCAAAAUUGACAAUCACAUCGAGAAGGCGCUGUUGGAGCGUCUCAAGCAUGGCACAUAUCGUGAUAUCUAUAAUUUCUCACAAACUGCCUUCAAUAAGGCAUUGGAAGCGGAACGUGUUGACGGGGACGAGGACGAGGAGGAGGAUGAAGAAGAUGCGGAGAGGGAACAGCAAUUGGAAUUGGAACAUGAAAUGGAACUGGAUCCCGAUCAGGAUCCAGCAGAAGCGGCUGAAUUGCAUCGCGCCCUGAUGGAUGAGGAAUUCGUUGAAGCUGAUACCGAUCAGGAAGAUGACUAUGAUAGCGAUUCUGGGCAUAGAGAGCAAGUCGAAAUGGAUAGCGAUUUCGAUCAGUCGGACGACGACGAUGGCGAAGAUAUUGAGGAAAGUGCCAAAGUGCCUACAAAGAAAACGAGGACCUCCUCCUCCUCAGCUUCAGCAUCAGCAUCAGAAAGGAAAUCGACAGCCAGUGGAACGACGAAACGACGUCGUGCCAAACCCAGAUUGGAGGUGGAAUACGAAUAUGAAGUUGAAACUGAGGCUCCGCAGAGGGAAGUGCGUUAUUAGCCAGGUACAAAGUGAAAUGAAUAAGGAGUGCUUUCCCACAGAUCCAUCUAAAUAUAUAUAUAUAGAUGUAUAUAUAACUAAAUAUAUUUGCCUAAAUUAAAAUUAA